AAAUAUACGCCCGAGCUUAAAAGCGGCGUCGCGGCGCCCUCACCACCACCGCCGACAGAUCCUGGCGUGCCUCGCCUCAGUCUGCCCCACCCUAAAGGGCCGGAUCCUGCGGUAAACAAACAAAAAAAAAUUAAUGAAUCCGCGAGCGGAAUUAUGGGCGAUAACAAUACCCCUGUUCGGACGGGGUUUUGCGAUAAAUUAGGCAAUAACCUUUCCGAACUAGGCAAAUGGAGUGUUUGGCAAAACAUCAUAUUAGGUCAGUUCCUUUCGCUUAUUUUAUGCGGUAUAAACACCUUGGGACACUAUUUGAAUACGGGAUCGAGUGAGGUUUUACCUACCGGACAAUCGUUUCCGCAUUACCUGUUUUUGUGUGCGAUUUACACCAGUUGGUUGGCAUUCCGGCGUGGCGAUAAGGGCCUUAUUUCCAUUAUAAGGGCCAGAGGAUGGCGGUAUUUGCUGUUGUGUAUCAUUGAUGUCGAAGCGAAUACCCUUAUGAGCACCGCACAUCAGUUUACUACCCUUACUAGCAUCCAGUUACUUGGAUGUGUGGCAAUACCGGUAGCUUUAGCAUUAAGUUGCCUGGUACUGGGAGUCAGAUAUCGAAUGGUGCAUAUAUUGGCAGUAUCUGUAUGCCUUAUUGGCGUGGGGUGCUUAGUUUGGGCAAAUAUUGAAGACACUAAGAUUGAUGGAAAGAACCAACUCGUUGGAGACAUGCUGUGCUUGGGGGGCGCAGUCCUAUUCGCUAUAGUAACGGUCCUGCAAGAGCUUUCGGUUAAGAAUACCGAUAUUGUCGAAUAUCUCGGUCUAUUGGGGCUGUUUGGCAGCAUAAUUAGCGGAUUACAAAUGUUAUUACUGGAACAACAAACGUUAGUAUCGUCAGUAACGUGGAAGAACUCCAGCGCCCUUUUGUCGUCAUUUUCGGCAUGUCAGUUCAUGUUUUGCACAUUUUCCAGCGUUUUUUUGUUAAAUAUGGGUACGACGGCCCUGCAUUUAUCCUUAUUAUCCGGAAACUUUUACACCCUCAUAAUAGGUAUUCUGCUAUUUAAUUACAAGUUUCACGCCCUCUACUUCUUGUCAUACACCCUUUCUAUGACAGGGGUGUACAUUUACGCCAUAAAGAGAACAUCCACAAGAGCUGUAGGGAAUGUUUUAGCAUUAAACGCCGAAAGAAAUCAUCAUCACCAUCACCAUUAUCAUCACAAUACGAUGCCUUAUCAACUGAAUAAUCGGCAACAGGGAGACUGCCAGAUGCAAGACCUUAUCGUAGAUAGCGAAGAUAGAAUGAACGAGAUUCUGUUGUCCGGAGGUGGAUUUGGAACUUUAAAUAGUACUGAUACGUUUCCGUUAAGUCAUAGUACUAACACCACUUUUACGUCUUUUUAUGGCAGUCACGAUAUUUUAGGUGCCCACCAAACCACUACUGCAUAAUUAACUAAAUGGCUGUAAUCUACAUCCUGAUAGCGCAAUAUACGACCAGGAAACAUGAUAUUUUUUUGAUUACCAUUUAUUAUUAUUUAAAAUAUUCUAAUUUUGUUUAAGGUAAUUAUAAUAUAAAGGAAUUGUUUAGAAUCAAUUAAAAUAUUUUAAUAACAUUUUUACACCGAUAUAGAGGAGUUUCUGAGAAUGAAUUUAAGAUGAAUUUGAUCGCGAUUCUGGAAUAAGUAGCGAUUAUGCCAGUUUUGAUUGGCGCAUAAUUUCUCACUAUUAUUGAAAAUAUUUUAAGGAAAUAUUCCGGAGUAAGAAGUUAAGUAGUAAUUUCAUUUUUAAUUGGGACAUUAUUUUUUAUUUCAAUACAAUUUUAUUAAUAUGGAUAAGAAUAUUUUUUGGUUGAAGAAAAAGCAUGUCUUAGUUAAUAUUUCCGUAUAAGAACUUCUCUGGAAUGUUCACAGAUGUUUGCGCUAUCAGGGUAACUCUUUAUUUCCCUAAAUUAGUGAUUAAUAUAACAGAAAGGAAUUUUGCGGUCAAACGAUUAAAAUCCAGGUGCAAAAGCAAAAGUCUUGCAAACUCAAGCCUUGGGGAUAAACUAAAUACAAUUCUAAACGUUUUUUUCAAUCGUUUGACCACAAACCCAAUUUUUUUACAUUAAAAAGUUGCUCUGUUUACACUUUUAUUCGUUUAAAAUAUAGACUGAUUAAUGCAAUCGAGUGCUGUCUUGUAUGUAAAUUUCCUUUCGACGAAAUUAUUGUUAAAUUAACAAAAUUGUUAAUUGGGCAUCGGCAUGCUAUCAUGUGCUCUCAUUCUAUUCUAUUUUUAUUUGCAGGGUGGUACUAAGACUAUUUCGCUUAAGAGAUUCAUUUUAACUCUGACCCACCCUGUAUGUCUUAAUAUUGGCAAAAAUGUAUAUAAUGUUAGUUACAGUUUAUUCCCAAAAUUUGCUCAAUUACUUAUAAAUAUUCGUUUAUUAAUUAAAUAUUGUUAAUAUAUUAAUAUUCUUCAUUUAAGGAGCCCAUUUAAUCAUAAGUAACAACUGAUAAAGAGGCGACGUUUUGCAAAAUGUAUUUUGCAUCCUCAGGGAACUGAGAAUAUAUCACAGCGAAACCUUUACAGAUAAAAUCUUUAUAAUUAAAUUUAUUUUCAUCGCCCCUGAGGAUUCAGAAAAUCUAACUUACGAAACGUUGAUUUAAAACCUGUUUACUCUGCUCUUCAAAUAUACCUAGUUUGAAAUAUAGUUCUUAUAGGGAAAAUUGUAUAAAUUAAAUUAAAAUAGUUAAUAUUAAUAAUAAUUGCUAAUACAGGGUGUUUUAGAAUUACAGGGUGGCCAACUUUUUUUUAAAUAACAAAUUUAAUCCACCCCUUAAGAAACAUCCUGUAUAGUGAUUUUUUUGGCAUAUUCCGCUAAGCAACGAACACACUUUUCUACCUUUUGUAUGAUAAUAAGGUUUAACGUCAUUAUUGUGUAUCUACUUAAUAUUCACGGUAUCUAAUAUGCGGUGCUAAAAUAAAAACCUGA